AUGGAAGGCCAUGCUUCCCUCUAUGUCCUGAUGCGCCUGCACUUCGCCAAAAAAGAAACCGCCGCAGAGCCGUCCUUAUGGUCCUUCAUAAAUCAAAAAGGCGCCCUUUUUACGACGUCCCUAAGAAUCCUCUAUACCGUCCGUGGUGAAUUAGUCCCUGCUCCGACGUGUCCGCCUGAAGAGCUCUCGUCGCUGUCCCCCGACCGCCUUCCGUUCCCAACGGGCCUGGUAUCAGAGGAUAAGGUGGAUGAGCUCCUGCUCAGAGAUGACGGCGAAGCAGGGACAGAUGAAUUCGGUGUGGUGCCUUGUGAGGAUCCAGCAGAGCCCUUGAACGCUGCCGCCGCAGCGGCCGGAUUGCAGUGA